GAGAACAACAUCUAAACAGUUAAAUGUGAACCUAAAGGAAGGCCUACAGAUUACCAUUUCUCGUUGCUUGUACAUAAAUGGGGAGAUAUGGUUAUAUCUAAAGUACUUAAUUCAACCAAUGGUGUCAUAGAAGUACAAAAUGUUCAACUUCAAGAUAGUGGUACUUAUAUUUGUGUUGCAAAUAAUGGCAUCCUAGACAGGAAACAGAAGCUUGAUCAAAGUGGAAACAACACUGUUAAUGUUAAAGUGUCACCUAAGAUACUUUUAAAGGUAGAUGACAGGAAAUUCUUCGGGAAACUGGGAUUUGCGGCCAAUAUUACAGCACCAUUUUACAGUAACCCACCACCUCAAACUCUACAAUUCAAAUUCCAAAAUGGCACUGUGAUAACAAAUUCUAACAAAUAUACAGUGUCAUUCUUUAAAGGUAUCGUCAAGGAUACAUUUUAUGGAAAAGAAGUGGAGCUAGACAGUCACUUUGCUCAGCUUCAAAUAAAGAAUGAGGAAGAAUCAGAUUUUGUUAACUACACUUUGAUCAUUGAUAACGGGAUUGGAUCUUUUAAAUCAUGGAUUUUGGAACAUGUCUAUGAAAAUACACCGAACGUACCUAGAAAUGUCUCACUUACAAAGGAACUGAGUACUGAUAAUUCCUUAACUGUGCAGUGGAAUCCUGGUAACGAUAAUGGACAUAAACAGACUUUUAUAUUAAAGUAUAGAAAAGUAUCAGACAUGGUUUGGAGUGUCAUUUCCAUCUUAGACAUGGGUUAUUUGAUUAACUAUACCAUUUCCGGUUUAACAAGCGGAACCUAUUACGAGAUUAUUUUGUAUGCUUCGAACACGGUUGGAAAUUCUAAAGAAUCUCACCUAAUCGGAAAAACGACAGGUUUGCUUUUCUAA